AUGCCUUUGUUACAAAAUGAAGAAGAAAAGGAAACGGACGAAGAAAAUUGCAAUAGAGGAGGAGGAGGAGUGGCACAAAAUCACGGGGGAUUAUUCGCAAGGUUGGGAUCCGCCAUUUUUUACGGCGUUGCCUCAUUUCUCAUAACCGUUUUGAACAAAACCGUUUUAACGAGUUACAAAUUUCCAAGUUUUCAAGUUCUCGGCUUGGGUCAAAUGACCAUGACCGUCACCGUUUUAUACGCGUCUAAAAAGUUAAAAAUGUUAGAAUUUCCAAAUUUCGAUAGGACAAUUAUAACGAAAAUAUGGCCUCUCCCACUCAUACACGUGGGUAACAUGGUUUUCGGUUUGGGCGGAACGAAAGAAUUGAGUUUGCCCAUGUUCACGGCACUCCGAAGGUUUUCCAUAUUGAUGACGAUGAUAUCCGAGUUUUACAUAUUGAACAUAAAGCCGAAAUUAAGCGUUCAAUUUGCCGUUUACCUCAUGAUAACGGGUGCACUGAUAGCGGCAAGCAACGAUCUCGCAUUCAAUUUCGAAGGCUACGUAUUCGUUCUCCUCAACGAUUUUUUCACCGCGACCAAUGGAGUCUACAUGAAACAAAAAUUGGAGAGCAAAGAAUUGGGAAAAUACGGUCUCAUGUUUUACAAUAACGUGUUCAUGAUAUUUCCCGCGUUUUUCCUAUCGUGGAUAACGGGCGAUUUGUACCUGGCGAUAAAUUAUCCCAAUUGGACGAAUCCAUUUUUCCUAAUCGAUUUCCUACUAUCCUGUCUCAUGGGAUUCAUAUUGACAUAUUCGAUAAUAACGUGCACUCAUUACAAUUCCGCACUCACGACGACCAUUAUAGGAUCCCUGAAAAACAUUUCGAUAACGUAUUUGGGUAUGAUAAUCGGGGGGGAUUACAUAUUUACCGUACUCAAUUUCGUCGGAAGUUUGAUGUAUUCGUACGUGACGUUUAGGAAAAAGGACAAAUCGUGUAAAACCAACGUUGUCACGAUAGACGAUAAAUUAAUUGUUAAAAAUAGAAUAAAUGAAGUUUAA